GGGAGACGACACGUGGUUGUUGCAGUGGCGGUCGGCACGAGGCUCCCUACUACCUCCUUCUCGGCUUCCUCGUCCACGCUGGACGCAAUGAGGCGAUAUCCUCAAAGCGCGACCGGUAGUCGAACCGCGUGCACGCCGAGUACAAGGAACACCAAGUGCGCGAGGAUCUCUCGCGCGUACAGCGAGGGAAUUUUCAGUCUCUCUCUCUCUCUCUCUCUCUCUCUCUCUCUCUCUCUCUCUCGUCGGUUUUUCCUUCGCGCUUCCUACCUUUCCUUCCUCGUCUCUCGCCUCACAACUCGCGCGAGAUCCGGUCGUCUCUCGAGAGCAAGUACGCCGAUCAUGAGACGAGACCGAGUGCUGCCGAUCACGAGGUGCUGAGGAACCGACGACUGAAUGUCGCCGAGGACAUUUCGGCGUCGCGAUCGGUCGCGUUGUUGCUACCCUCCGGAGAACAUCGGAUCUCGGCGAGGUGGCCUUCGGUUCCCUGGUCACUCUCUUGACACCGAAGCUUCAUUUCGCGAUUCAUGUGCUUAACGGUCGCAGACCGACAUCGCGGAGGACAGGACUGAUCGAGAUCGAGUGCGAUGCGCAUCGCGCGCGCACCUUCGAUUGCCGGAUCAACUGCGAAUGUGCGAGCGCAGCCUCUCGAGUUCUUCUUUGCGGGAACGAUCGACGGCAGAGAAGGUGGCAGAGACCGGGAAUGACGGUCGACUGAGGGUCGUGUGAUACGGCCGGUGGUGCACUGUGUGUGUGAGGAACACCGUCACAGCUUCUCCAAAUCGGGAUCAGGAUGCGGUGGAUCGGUUACGUGGCCACGAUUCUCUGGUGGUCGGGCAUCGCCAGGUCUUUCAGCACGCUGAAUCGAGGUCACAGUUACAAAAUCAGUCCGAAGCCCUGCAAGGUGCCCGGUUCUGAGGGCAAGGAAGGCACGUGCAUGUUCGUGUGGGAGUGCAUCAAGUCCGAGGGCACGCACGUUGGCGUGUGCGUGGAUACUUUCAUGUUUGGCAGUUGCUGCAUGCACAACACGACGGUAAACGCGAUAAGCUCGUCGCAACAGCAGCAGCAGCGCCCGCAUCAUACUCAUCAUACUCAUCCUCAUCAUCAUCAGCAGCAGCAGCAGCACCAUUCGUCGUCGAGUACGCUCAGGCCGAGCCUGCUCUCAGCGGAGUCAGUCGGGAACGAGUCGACCAGACUGACGUCAACUUCCCUCUCGAGCCCCUCUUCGUGGAUAGCGUCGAGUACGGCUAGACCGAGUCUCCAUCACUUCUCAGAAUCUCACAGUCCCAUCGGAGGCUCGACCAGACCGAUGAAACCAUUCGCGAACGGGCUCGCGCGACCCUUGCAGAAGAGGCCGCAUGCCAAGCCGACGUCCGAGCACGACGUCGACAGGUCGCAGACUCCCGCGAUACCCUCCGCGUCUUCGUCCUCGUGGGCCGGUGGGAGACCGCAGGAGACCAAGAGGCCCGCUCAUCACCACGGCGCUCAUCUGCACCAAAAGACCAGGCCGGGCGCGGUAACGGUCAGCGAGAAGCCUUCGUCUGGCCCGAGUCAAGCGGGCUUCAAGGAUAAAUUGGACGUUACUCACAAUACGUUGGUGGUGCGUCUGCCGGGAAAAGAGCACGCGUCGGCGGAGGACGAAGAAGUCGCCGGAUCGACUCCCAGCAAGCCGCCGAACAAGCCGAACAAGCCGGGGGGAAAGCCCAGCAAUAAUCAGAGGCCCUUCGAAUCGAGACCGGAUGACGGCAAGACCGAAGAUGCCGAUCUCACCGUGCAAGAAACGAUACACCGGCCGAACGUUAAUUCCGUCAUGGAGAGCGAAACGGCGAAGGAGCCUCCUCAUCCGAGUUUGAAUUUCAUACACACCGAGCGACCGCACUGGGCGACCAAACCGGCGCAGUCGAAACCGACGACGGAUUUCUCCAAGCCUUACUUCUCCAUCAAAACGACCACCUACCGGCCAAUCUCGAUAAGCAGCCAAGCAGAUCAUCGGCCGAAUUUCAUCUCGAAACCGAAUACUUGGUCACUGUCCACAAAAACGUCAACGACGACCGCUCGACCGACGUACAUGAGGCAGCCUUCCACUAGCGCAGCCGGAUCCAUACCACAGACCUCCCAUUGGCAAGUGACUACAGAACCUGCCUUCGUCACCAAGCAGAAACCGUUACCGUCGUCAUCGUCAUCGUCGUUCUCUUUGCCUUCGUCAUCAUCGUCAUCAUCGUCGUUAUCGUCUUCGUCGACGCUGUUCUCCUUCUCUUCAUCGCCGUCCUCAUCGUCAUCGUCAUCGAAACCGAUAACCACGAUCACUGCAUCAGAGACCGUAAGAGUACCGCCUUCAAGUACGAGCUCUCAUUUCUGGUCGAACAGCUGGACACCACCUAGACCGUCCUUGAAACCACAUUGGACGGACAAUCCUGGUCUUCUUCAGAACGGCCCCGAGAACUUCCCGCUACGACCGAGCUUCAAGCCGACCGAGUCGUUGCAGAGUACCGAGUACCAGAAACCUCUGGGCUCGGCGCACUACAUAACGACGUCCCACUUGGAGACGUCAACUAGGCCGCGGCCGACGAAGAAAACCACAACGCUCAGUACCGCGUCUUCCACAUUGACGUCCUCGACCACCACCACCACCACCACCACCAUCACCACCACCAGUACCACCGCCCCGAGCAGCAGCGGCAGCGGCAGCGGCAGCGGCAGCAGCAGCAGCAGCAGCAGCAGCAGCAGCAGCACAGCCAACCCGAUGACCGCGAUGGCAACAAUGACGACGACUACGACCAGCGCGAACACCGCGAGCGUCGCCACCACGACCCAAGGAUCAUCAUCAUCAAGCACCGGUGCCGAAGCACCGGCGGCGGCGGCGAGCGAGAAAACAGGUUCGGUGAUGACAGUCGCGGCCGCUGACGAGAGCAAGGGCAUGCAGUGCGGCGUGCCGCCGUUAUUUCCUCGGCCGGAAACGAGGAUCGUCGGCGGUAAGGACGCGCCGUUCGGCCGGUGGCCUUGGCAAGUGUCCGUGCGCCGCACCUCCUUCUUCGGUUUCUCGAGCACCCACCGAUGCGGCGGCGCGGUGCUCAACGAGAAUUGGAUCGCCACGGCGGGUCAUUGCGUCGACGACUUGCUGACGUCGCAAAUCCGGAUACGAGUCGGCGAGUACGACUUCUCGUCGGUGCAGGAGCGGCUGCCCUUCGUGGAGCGCGGCAUCGCCAAGAAAGUCGUGCACCCCAAGUACAACUUCUUCACGUACGAGUACGAUUUGGCGCUGGUGCGGCUCGAAAGUUCCUUGACCUUCGCGGCGCACAUCUCGCCCAUCUGCCUGCCGGCCACGGACGACCUCCUCAUCGGCGAGAACGCAACGGUUACCGGCUGGGGAAGGCUGAGCGAGGGCGGCACGCUGCCCUCGGUAUUGCAAGAGGUCUCCGUGCCGAUAGUGAGUAACGACAGGUGCAAAUCGAUGUUCUUGAGGGCUGGCAGGCACGAGUUCAUACCGGAUAUCUUCCUCUGUGCCGGUUAUGAGACUGGUGGGCAAGACUCGUGCCAGGGCGACUCCGGUGGUCCUCUUCAGGUUCGCGGGAAAGACGGCAGAUACUUCCUCGCUGGCAUCAUUUCCUGGGGUAUCGGAUGCGCGGAGGCCAACCUGCCUGGUGUCUGCACGCGGAUCUCCAAGUUCGUACCGUGGAUCUUGAAGAAUGUCACCUGAUCUGCUCUACCUAGACCGUAGAACAGUGGGGAAAUCUGGCGAAGUUCAUUCGCAUGCGCAAGUAAGCGAUUCGCUAUGUGUCGGCACGUGAACGGCACGUGAACGUCAAAAGACGUCAUCCUACUGCCUCUGAUCGUAAAUGUGAGCGCGUCUUACUGUAUCAUUUGCAUUUAUUUAUUUGCAUCUACACUGCCGCUCGCGAAGUAACCGCGUGGUCAUACACAUACAUACACACACACACACACAGAUAUAUUUCGCACUGGAGAGAG